UUUCCACGGAGAAGCCUCCCAGCGAGGCCGACCGGGGGGUCAGGGUUCGUUUCCUGGCUGGAUGUCGGAGCUGGCAGGUCACCCGAGAUGUGUGGGAAAAAGAAAAAGGGCCUGUGGGAUGUGCAACGAGAACAUCUCGAGUCUAAGGGGCCAGGUUUCAAGAGCCUUGAAAUGAGACGUCAAAGAGGAGCCAGCUAGCCAUGUUCGAUCCACCCGUUGGUGUGUUGGUUUGUUGGCUGCCGUGACUAGUCCCUGAGCAGUGGACAAGUUCCCUUUUUUCCGUCCCGCGGGAUCCCUCCCAGGCGUCGUUCAGCUAUCAUAAAAGUACCAUGCUGGCACAAAACAUACUUACAUCAGGAAUCCAUGCAUGGAGAAUCUGUGCAACAGGAAACGAAUCACGUAAAAAACGUCUUUCUCGAGGAUUGAUCUUGGCCGUAGUGCCCCUGACAUCACCCUCGUUUGAUCUCUGUUCUGGUACAGGUCCACCUUGCCUUCAAACGGCGAAGAUCAGCUCUUUUCCGAAAAGUACUCUGAUGAACCCUGAGGUGAUGAGGUGAUUCUAAUCGCACAAUCCCGCUGCAUGAUUUCUGGACGGAGUAUUCAGUUAAUUGCGUCCACUGUAUAUUAUUGUGAAAGAUACGAAGUUCUACGGACACGCCAGACGGCAUUGAGCUCUUCCAGUGCAUAGUCUCUCGAAAGAGCUGUAAAUAGCAUUUCUCACGGUACGAUGUGUAGCCACAAUGAACCUUAGUACAGGCAGUUUCAAACUCUCAGCCAGCAAUGAUUACAACGAUUAUCUCAUCAUCAACUACCACUGUAUUCGGACACACGGCCCCAUGGGCAUACCCGAUAGGAUAAUAUAAGCAUGGACCCAUCCAAUGGACUCAUUCCAAGACUUCAAAACUUGAUCAUGUCCAGCAUCAUCAUGAAAAUGAGAAAUGUGGUCAAAGAAAUCGAAAGAGACAGCCUCCACAUAGACAGUCAAAGCCAGACACCAGCUUCACAAGUGCUCAUCCUGAAGCUGUUGAAUACAUUGCAAAGCUUCAAGUUUUUAUAAAUAACUAUGGGAUGUGAUUCCAUGUUUGAACGGAGGACACUGAAUUCUUUGUUAUUCUGUUCCUCCCCUAUGUUUAUCGGCAAGGUUUGCUAGGCGUUAUUGUAGCCGAGGCCAUGCUCGUGGUAAUUCAGAUCUGAGUUCGAUUCAGCAAAUCCUAAACAUCCACUCCUGCGAUCAAAAUAUUCGAGAAAAGCAAGAUAGGUGCAGGGUAUAAUCACAGAGGGCGAUUCGUGUAGUUCGCUAUUUGGGGCUUGUCCUGUAAGUUUUCAUUUCCUUGGUACCAAAUACGUGAUUCAUGAGUGCGUCAAUGUCAAAGUUCUCCGCCAGCAUUUUUCCUGAAGUGCUGACUGCAGCCUGGACCCAGCUGACACAGUUCUCGACUGUAGUCGAGUUUGGUCUGGGUAAAGAGAUGCCUUGAAGCUGCCAAUAACAUCCUGUACAGUAACGCCUUUGGGUAGUUUCCCAAUCAUUAUUCGACCAAGCAUUCCAUGGCUGUCAGCCAAGUUCUCAUGUCGACAUUCGUAUUUCCAGCCUCUGGAGCCAGGAAUUUUAGAAAAUGAGGGAUGUUCUUUCACAUCAAAACAGUAUCCCCGCCCUGUGCUCUUUUUCUCUUCGAUCCAGAUGGCCCAAUGGUAGGUUGCAUAUAUCAAUGUCGUCCUGCUUCUUUUGUCACUCGUUAUUCCUUGCUGAAAAUAGGUGGCCACGAAAACGCGGUAUCUGUCAGUCAUUAUCAGUUGUCAAUUGCUUAUAUUCCCCUACACACGUUACGUAGACACGUUACGUGGUAUCAAGAAUCAAGUAGAGGCAUCAAUGAUACCUGAAAGAAACUUUGAAUACAAAAUAACAUAGCACAACCCAGAGCCUUUCCUGUAGCUUUAUUGAUGCAUGCUUUUGGCAUUUAAAUGCAAUGAUAAACAGGCCAAUCAAAAAACUCGCAUUAGUUGAGUCAGCAAAUAUACACGUGAGCCCUUUAUUAGUAAGCAACAUGGUUAUAUAAUCAGUCAAUGGACCAAAUCCGAGAAUGCUAACUAUCCCCGCUUAUGUCCGGAGUACUCUCGGAGUUUAGGACUAGGGUUUAGGGUCAAUUAGGGUUAGGGUUACAAAUGCGGUAUAGCCCUUACACGUGAUAUUACUUUCCUGAAACAGUUUAGCGUUCGUAGUUGUUUAUUUGGACGACGCCCCAACCUCAAUAUUUUUGAACUCCGCAACUCCAACAGCCUGGUUUCGCCGGUUAUAUCUAUUAUUCAAGCGUCAGCUUACAUGCAUAUAUGACUGUAUAACGUGUAUUCUCAUACAUUGUCUGUUAGUGGCCUGUGUGGCACUCUAAGCCUAAGGAUACGAUGGCUCAAACAAGAAGUGCCGCCACUCCUACCAGGCAAAGCCAGCCGCCGAAAAGUCGCUCCGUGUCCGCUAAAGGGGCGCAAGGAACCAGCUCCCGGCUAACUAGAAGCCGCAGUCGGGAGCUUGGAGAGAGUCCGGCGCCGGCAAGCUUCAAAGUUCCUUCAUUGCCACUGAAGAGAGAUGAAGUUGGCGACCAGAAACCUGUUCCUAAGACCCCGAGAGCCUCUGACGCUUCGACCAGGGGAAAUAACCUCUCCCCUAUCGCGGAGGAUUGUGCUGAUGGACCAAGGAUUGGCAUCGAGUUUUCUCCUAGCCACCCGUCCUAUAUAAGCCAAACAUAUGUUGCCGAGUCACAUACGGACCAUGGCAACAUUUCAGGAACUACUAUGCUCCAGAUUGAUGAGUCGGGUUAUGAAACCGACGAACCAGACCCUCAUCUCUUACUUGAUACCCUCCCAGACCUACUUAAUGCAUCAACCAAGGCCCUGGAUCUUUUGGCACCCCCGGGAAUUUCUUAUGCCAAUAUCUCAAAGUACUUCCAAACACCCAAAUUUAGCGCCAGGCUCAACCGUACUAAAGUGACCUUUGAGACUCAAAAGAAAUGCAUAACGAAAGCAAGCUUUAUUCCUGUCGAUCGAUCUGUCAAAGCAUUAUCUUCAAUUAAAAAGCUCGAGUGGCAGUCUCGAGGGUUGUAUCAGAAAGCCAACUUAGCGCAACUAGCCAUAGAUCUUAUCAAUCCACGUUUAACUACAUUAACAGGGACAGUGGACGAUAGCUUCCCAUUGGCCUUUAUGGACUCACGAUCGCUUGGAGAUUCUAGAACUUCUGCAGAGGAUGACCUUAGGAAAGAAACGUUCCAGAUAGGACUUGAGCUCCGUACUCAACGUUUCAUUUCAAGCUUACUGUCUAACUCCCCAGGCCAGUAUUCAGAGCCCGAAGAGUUGCUUGCGGAUGUGUUUUACAACCCUUCGCUCGGUGAGGUUAAUACUGAAUUAAAAGGCUGGGAAAUGGAUGGUCUAGUGGACGAAGAUGAUCAGUUGCCCGAAGAAUUCUAUGGAACUGUUCAAGAGAGAAUUGACCUGAUUCGAAAGUUGGUUGUACAGGAGGGAGGCUUAGAAGCUAGGUUUCCAUGGUCGGAAUUUAUCGUCUCUAUUGCUAACUGGAUUCGACGGCGUGUAAAUGCGAUUGACCAGCAACUCAGCUCACAAAUACCGGUUGAAGAAGCAAUGAGGAUACUACAAUCUGAAUUGGACAAAAGAUCUAGCUUCGGGCCAGGGAACCCGAUGGAACCCAUAUUAGAUCCUGCCAUCGACGAAGUGGAGCCUCCUGUUGAGAGGAACACCACACCGGAUAGAACCAUGGAAAUCCGACAGGAGGGCAAAGAAGAGCCCGCUGCAACCAUUAGCCCAACCACUAUGCCCCGUCGGCGAUUUAGAGGGAGGGGGGCACUUCAGCAGGUUCUGGCGGCUGGGCCGGCCCGAGAUGCUUCAUCUAUGCCAAAGCAGGCCACUACUGCAGACAUAGUAGAGUCACUCCAAGCUCCUGCAAAUCCAACCACUCCAACACAUCGCCGGUUUAGGGGGAAGGGCGCGCUUCAGCAAGUUCUGGCGACUGAGCCAGUGCAAGAUGCUCCCUCCAUACCAGAGCAGACUACUUCUGUCGAGAUAACAGAAAAUCCACAACCUCCUGUAAGUCCAGCCCUCCAUCCGCCUCGUCGGUUUCAGAGGAAAGCUGCGCUCAGGUAUCUCCUUGGAAUCGGGGCCACGGACAAAUCGUCCUCUACCUCUGACAUACCUGCAGAUGAGGCGAAUAUUGCUCCGCCAGUGCCCCAGAUAAAAGAAAGAGCAGAAACACGACUGAUCCCGGUUCAAGAGUCUCUAUUUGACGAUGAGGUGCUUGGCGAUGGCUUGCAGUCACCUCCUUUGCAAAAUUCCCCUCCUCAGCCUACACCAGGAGUCAGAACCCAAGAAUCACCGAGGAAUAAUGGACCGAGCAACAGUAGACCAGAAGAGCUUCCUCCUCUCUCCUCAGCGGAGAUCUGGAGACUUUCUGAAGAAGGAAAUAUGGCUAGAAAGUCGAAGCAAGUGGCCAAAAAUCUUGGAGCAUUUAUAGACCGACAAGCGAAUGCACAUCGAGUCUCGCCCAUUAGUUUCUCACCAAGCCCACGCGCCAGUGUGGCCCCUGUAUCAGGCCCGCAGAAGCGUGGUGCCGGAGCUGUGGACUAUGACAGCGAUGAGUCUGAGAGUGAUGAUGAUGAGUUUGAGACCGAUAGUCGCCCGGUCAAGAAACGCCGUGUUAUAAGUGCUCCGGCUCCUCCUCGACCUACCCCAGGUUCAAUUUCUCGUGGAGAUAGGACAAACAGCCGGGGAGCCACUAGGACUAGGUCGCCUUCAACCACUGCUCCUCCACCACAACGGUUUGAGUCGGUAAAUGUUGAAGUACAGCGCGCAGGAAACUGGGCUCCUCGGCGAGCCUGGUCACUUGAAGAAGAGACGUGCCUGAGGGAGCUGAUUGAAGUGUGUGGUGGGCCUUCUUGGGCCGAGAUAAAGAGGCGAGAUUCCAUGGCUGGGAACAUACUGAGCAAACGAACUCAGGUACAGAUCAAGGAUAAAGGCGCCCAAAUGCAUUAUGAUGAUCUGAUGACUGGUCGUCCUCUCACUGAGGGCAUGGCCAACGUACCUAUCAAAGCAAAGAUGAGGGAUCGGCUCAUCAAGGAGGGUAAAAUCGAAGCCUCCUCCAGUACAUUGUGA